AUGUUCAGGAAGGAGACGGGGUUAAGGGCUCCAUCUGCGGUAAUAUAUUAGUGUUUUUUUUUAUUCUGUUGGUUUAGGGGGCAUUAAGAACAAGGAGUUCGAGCACUUCUAACUUGACAAGACCGACAGCUUCAUCCUUGAACAGAACAGCCGGAAUAUCAGUAAGAAAUACGAGUGUCCCUCCAAAUGGGGCCAAGGGAAAUAUUGCGAAACCGGUUAUCGUGCGUCCAGUGACUCGAGCUUUCUCAAAAUCUCAGUCUAAUGUCAAUGCCCCUCCUUUAAAGCCUUCCUCAACGCUUGGUCGUGGUCAACGGUAUGUUUUUUAUCUAUAAUUUUUAUUUUUGUGCUUUAGUUUUCACUCAACUUCGGCACUCUCCAAAAAACCCGUUUCUGCAGCAGAUUCAGUGAAGAAUAAUAGCCAAUCAGCCAAAGAGAACCUUCCUGUCCGGCCUUCGACUGCUUCUUCAACUGCAGUCUCAUCGAUACCUCCACCAAGAAUGACUUCAGAUAAUGAAUUCGGAGAAUUUAAGCCUCUUUCAUCCGUUGAUCUCGAUUCCCUUUGUAGAAAUAAUCAGAAUGUAAGUGUUCUUUGUCUAAGCUUUCUAUAGCAUUUUUAGGGAAUAACUCGAAUGACCAUCUUGUCCACCAACUUCUUGGAUCCAGUACAAAGAAAAGCGUUUCUGGAAAUGAAGCGGAAGGUGCAGCAGAGGAUGAGCGUGGAUUACACUCGGAAUCUGGUUGCGAAUAAUCCCGGUCUGUUGGGAAGUGAAGCCGUGAGGUCAGUGCUGAGAGAAGAGAAUCAGAAGAAUUUGAUGAGACAUGAGGAGACUCGGAAUGUAAAGUUUGCUGACACUUCAGAAGUACGGAGAAUACCGGAGGUAAGAUUUUUUUAGAUUUUCCGCUUAAUUAAAUUUUCUUUAUAAGGGAAUUACUCCAGGUGCGACACUAAGAUUUUGAUGAAAUUUGGCAAAAAUUUAGAUUAAUUUUUGUUUUCAAGGAAAGUAUUUUUAUGUUGCUAUCUGUUGCUAUGUGCCUAUCUGGCAAAGAUGCGACUAAAAAUUGUUUUUAUUUCUGGCGGCGCUCCGCGUUUUGCGUACUCUGUCGGCAACAACGAUCAUUAAAUAUCUCGGCUGCGCCGCAAAAUGCGGGGUAAAACUUUCAGCCAUUGAUAUAUGACCCAACCGAGGCGUGCGCAAAAUUUAAAGGAGAUCUGAGCGUCGCACUUGGAAGCCUUCCCUUGUUAAUUUUAAUUUGCGAAAUAACGAAUUUACAGGAGGGCCAGACAACCCCGACUUCCCGACAAUUCCUCGAAAGGGUCAAGAAUGCACCCGUCAUCCUCCAAACUCCUCAAAAUGCAGCUCGGAAGUCGAUUUACACAACACCCAAGCGAGUUGAACCAUUCAAAUAUGAGAAUAGGCUAAGUGAGGGUGUAGAGGAUGAGUUGGAAGAAUCCCCGCCAGAGCCGACGCCUUCGAAGGUGAAAAAAAUGGGAAAGGUAGAACCAGAAGAACAGAAGGUGGAAAUGGAUGAACAGAAGGUUGAAGCAGCACUAAAAGAAGAUGCCAAGACAAAAAUCAAACGACUUCUUACUGAGUUCUCCGACACGUUUAACAACCUUACAUUCGCGGAGAUUCAAUCCCUGAAGGCCGAAUUGGAGUCAUCGACCAUCGUCGACUCGGUCAAGGCUUGUCUGAAGAUCCUCUCGGACUGA